AUGAUAUAUUUCCCGAGGAUUAUGUAUAAACCUGUGUUAAUAAUAUACUUCGAAGAAUUCAACAAGCAUAAUUUAACACCUAUCUAUCUAACUAUCUAUGUCUCUCAUUCUAUCUAUCUAUUUAUCUAUCUAUCUAUGUCUCUCAUUCUAUCUAUCUAUCUACCUAUCUAUCUCUCUAUCUAUCUAUGUCUCUCAUUCUAUGUCUCUCAUUCUAUUUAUCUAUCUAUCUAUCUAUCUAUCUAUCUAUCUAUGUCUCUCGUUCUAUCUAUCUAUCUAUCUAUGUCUCUCGUUCUAUCUAUCUAUCUAUCUAUCUAUCUAUCUAUCUAUCUAUCUAUGUCUCUCAUUCUAUUUAUCUACCUAUCUAUGUCUCCCAUUCUAUUUAUCUAUCUAUUUAUCUAUCUAUCUAUCUAUCUCAUUCUAUCUAUCUAUCUACCUAUCUAUCUAUCUAUCUAUCUCAUUCAUUCUAUCUCUCAUCUAUUUAUCUAUCUAUCUAUCUAUCUAUCUCUCUAUUCAUCUAUCUAUCUAUCUAUGUCUCUCGUUCUAUCUAUCUAUCUAUCUAUCUAUCUAUCUAUCUAUCUAUCUAUCUAUGUCUCUCGUUCUAUCUAUCUAUCUAUCUAUCUAUCUAUCUAUCUAUCUAUCUAUCUAUCUAUCUAUCUACCUAUCUAUGUCUCUCAUUCUAUUUAUCUACCUAUCUAUGUCUCCCAUUCUAUUUUUCUAUCUAUGUCUCUCAUUCUAUCUAUCUAUCUAUCUAUCUAUCUAUCUAUCUCAUUCUAUUUAUCUACCUUAGCCUAUUCCCAUCUACCAAUCUAUCUAUCUCUCUCUAUCUCUUUUCCCUGUUCUUGUUCUCUCUCCCCUUCUCAACAGGGCUAUUUCACCCUUCCCUUACCCCCUAUCUUCCACAUUCUUUCUUUCAUUUUAGCAGGUUUUCACCAUUCGUUAAUUCUCUUUCUUUGUCUCUCUCUCUCUCUCUCUUUCUCUGUCUGUCUCUGUCUCUCGCAAAUUGGCUCUUAUUCACCUUUUAUUUUUUCAAUCUCUUCUUCCCCUCUCUCUCUCUCUCUCUCUCUCUCUCUCUGUCUAUUUAUCUAUCUGUUUCGCUCCCUUUUUUUCCUCGCUCUCUCUCAAAUUACCUUCUAUCCAUUUAUCUCUCCUUAUUUCUCUCUCUCGGUCGCUCUACUGGACGCCAUGAUGGAUAUACUCUUUGUAGUAGCAUUAUUUUGUUGGCUCUCUCUCUCUCUCUCUCUCUCUCUCUCUCUCUCUCUCUCUCUCUCUCUCUCUCUCUCUCUCUCAUAA